CUCCCGCCCCUCUCUCCCAUUUCUCGCCUCGACACCACCGUUCCUCGCUCCCUCUCUCCGUGGCGCCGCGUCGCGCUGAUGGUGAUGAUGGUGGCUGCUGCCGCCACCGGCACCGCUGCCGCUGCUGCCGCCGGAGGCUGGCGUCUCUGCGCGCUCUGUCUCUGCGCCGUGCUCUGCUGUGCCCUGCUGCUGCCCGGUCCCGCCGCGGGUCACGCCACGCGGAGCUCACGGGGGGCCUCUCACGCCGCGGGCCCCGGCACCGGCGGCGGCAUCGGCGGCGGCACCGGCGGUGGCGUGAGACGACACCCGGCGGCCCGCAUCACCUCGGGGGGCGGCCGGGCGUGGAGCGUGGGACGCGGAGGUGGUGACGGCGCGGAGCGGCCGUGGGAGGAGGAGGACCCGCGCUGUAACGCGAGUCGCCGCCGCGUGCCGCUCACGGUGGAGGCUCUGGCGCGGAGGUUUCUGCUCAGCGGCGACCCCGCGGCCCUCUCCGCGGCGGUGCCCUCCCCUCCCUGCGCGGGGCCCUACCAGCUGCGCGACCUUCCGCGGUGGAGAGACUACCCCUCCGAGUCGGGAGUCGACAGCGGCGUGGAGAAGGAGAUGGAGGAAAACAAGACGAGCGGCACCGCCGAGGCGGACGGUUACGAGAGAGGAGCGACGGGGGGUCCCACCGCCGCCGGCGCCGCCGGCGCCGGAGAGGGGGAUCCCGGGGAGGGGGACCCCGGGGAAGGGGACCCCGGGGAAGGGGACCCGGCGUCGCGGCUGCACGAGGCGCUGCGCGGGCCCGCGUGGUCUCUGCUGGGCGCCGUGAACCUCCUCAACCUGGCGCUGCAGGCGAGUGACCUGCGCGAGGCGAGCGCGCGCGACGAGGCCGAGUGGUACCACGCGCUCGCGCGCUCCCUGCUGCUGCGGCGCGCGGGGGACGCGCGCGCGCUUCGCGCCGCCCUCGCGCUGCACCCGGGGGGCCCCGCGCCGGGCGGGGACGAGGCCCCCCCGGGCGCGCCCGGGGGCCCCAGCCUGUACCUGCGCGCGUCACGCAGCGGCCACUCGAUCGCUCUCGAGGAUCUCGCGGGCGGUGGCGCUGCGGGCGAUGGCGAUGAUGGCGGUGGUGCCAGUGCCGAUGACGGUAGCGGCGCUGCUGCUGCUGCUGCUGAUGCUGCUGCUGCCGAUGAUGAUUCUGGUGCUGGAAUUGCUGGAAGCGCCACUGGUGCUGCUGCUGGGGCGCGGCUGUGGGGAGCCGUGGAGGAGGGCGAGGAGGAGUGGAGGUGGCUCCGCGAGCUGCGCGCGGCUCCGCUACCCGUGGCGCCCCCGCUCCGCAUGCGCGCCCUCGCCAACGACGUGAGGUCGCUGCGCACGCCGCGGUGGAAGACGGGCCACGCGUUCCUGGCGGAGCGCGGACACCUGCGCUGGUCGCCGCCUUACCUGGCUUGCGACGCGGGGCGCCUGCGGCCCGCGUGGCUGCUCACGGUCACCGCCGCCUUCUACGGCCUCACGCCCGAGCUCACGCCCGAGUUCAAGGGUGGGAUCCGCCUGGACCUGGACCUGCAGGCCGUGGAUGUGGAUCAGUGCGCCUCCCACGGCGGGUGGUUCUCAGGGACGCACUCCUGCCCGGCCAACUCCACACAGUGCGUCCCCUUGAAGGGCCUCGGGUUCCGCCUGGAGGGCUACGAGUGCGUGUGUCUCCCGGGCUUCUACCGGCCCAACCACACUGCCAGGGAUGGCCCUGCCAGGGGCCCGUGUGUGCGCUGUGGGCCAUCAUGCUGCGCACCGCGCUCGGGCCACUGUGUGACCCCACGCGCCGCGCGGCCCCUGCGCCUCGCGCUGCUCCUCGUGCAGCUCGGAGCAAUGGGGCUCGCGCUUGCAGCCAUGCCGCUCACUUACAGCCUGCGGGAGCGCAAGAGCAUCCGCUCGUCGGGCGUCGUGCUGCUCGAGGUGAUUCUCUUCGGGGCCUUCCUCCUCUACUUCCCUGUGUUCAUCGUGUUCUUCGAGCCGAGCGCGUUUCGCUGCAUCCUGCUGCGCUGGGUGCGAGUGCUGGGCUUCUGCAUUGUCUACGGCACCAUCGCGCUCAAGAUGUGGAGGCUGCUGGAGGUGUUUGUGGAGCGCGUGUCGGAGCGCCCGCGACCCGGGUGCCCGUGGGCCGGCGUGGCGCGCCGCCUCGCCGCGCUGCUGCUGCCGCCCGCGUGGUUCCUGGCCGCGUGGACGCUGGCCGCGUGGGAGAACCUGGCGCGCGAGCUGCCUCUUGUCGGCCGUGGGCACACGGCCAACGGGGGCCCCUUCCUCACGUGCCUCCUGGAUGGCUGGGACCUCAUGCUGGGCCUGGCCGAGCUGCUGCUGACCGUGUGGAGCCUGCACCUGUGCCGCGCAGCGCGCCGCGUCCCCUCCGCAUUCCACGAGCCGAGCUUCCUGGCGCUGGCGCUGUGCAACGAGGCGCUCGUGUCGCUCGCCUUCCACGUGACGCGGUUCUGGCUGUCGGCCUCGCUGCACCCCGACUGGACGUUCAUCAUGUUCUUCAUCCACUCGCAGCUCACAGUCACCGUCACGCUGGCCCUGCUGCUGUUGCCCAAGCUGUGCAGGGCCGAGGGACCGCGGCGCGGCGAGGCGGGCGACGGGGAGGUGUACGAGGACCAGCUGGACGGCCUGGGGCGCUCCACCUCGUCCUGCCUCAACGGCAGCGUUGCCUCGCUCGGCUGGUGGGACCACCUGGACGCCGAGGAGCUCACGAGUGAGCUCAAGCGCCUGUACACGCAGCUGGAGCUCUACCGCUGCGAGCGAAUGAGCCUGGGCAACCCGCACCUCCCGAGGCGGCGCCCGCCCUCGCGCCGGGGGCUCGCGCGCUCCUUCAUGCGCCGCUUCGCCGACUGCGGCCCCGAGGGCCCCCGAGAGGGGCCCGGGGGGCCGGGUGGGGGGGGGCAGGCAGGGGGGGGGCCCGAGGUGGGAGCGGCGUGGAGCCGCGUGCGGGAGGCCACGUUCCGCCAGAAGGUGCUGUCCCUGGCGCGCUCCACGAGUGCCUACGACCAGCUGCUGGAGAACUCCGAGAACAGCGUGAGCUCACUGGGCGGGGAGCGGGGCCUCGAGGGGGGGCUCCCGGGCCCCGAGGCGCUGCCCCCAGGCCUCGAGGGGGGGCUCCCGGGCCCCGAGGCGCUGCCCCCGGGCCCCGAGGCGUUGCCUCAAAAACAGCAGCAGCAGCAGCAACAGCCGGGCAGCAGCAGCAGCGGGGAGGCCGAGCCACCGGACUCCCCCCCCGUGCUGUGCCGCUCAGCUAGUGCGCACGCGCUCCGUGGCUCCGCGGGGCCCGUGGCCCCCGCCAGGCCCCCCUUGACCUCACGCACCCCCCCACUGCCUCUCCUCAAGUCGCUGAGCCUGGUGGGCCCCCGCCAGGCAGGGGCGCUGGCCAGGGUGGCCACGGGGACGAUGGGACGGGCGCAAGAGGCGGCGGCGGUGGCGGCGGCAGCGGGAGGGCGCCCGGGGUCCCCGGGAGGGGGGACGGAGACGGAGGUGGCGCCGGGCGCUGGGAGAUCUGGAGGAAAAUGGGGACCCGGUGGGGCAGACCGGUCGAUGGGAAUAGAGAUGCAGGAGAGGGAAAUGAAGGACGACGUGGCGAUGAUUGGGGAGUGGGAGAUAGAGGUGAACAAAAAGGUGGAGAUCGAGAUGGAGCUGAAGAGGAAGAAGUGGCAGGAGGAGCUGACUAGGAAAGUGGAGCUGAAAGAGAGGGUGACCGAGAGGGAGAUGCAUUUGAAGAAAGAGGUUGAGCUGCAGCCGAGAAAGGAGAUGGAGGAGAAGAUCAGGAGGACAAUUGAGAUGAAGGAGCUGGAAUUGAGCAGGGAGAUGGAGCUGAAAGAGGUGGAGCUGAAGGAAAGGGAGAGAGAUCUGAAGCUGAAGAAAAAUGUGGAAGAGGUGGAGCUGCAGAUGUUGGAACUGAAGGGGGAGGUGAAUGAUGUUGAAAUGAAAGAUGCGGAGCUGAAAGAGGAGAUGGAUGGUGGAGUGGGGGGACUGCAGUCUGGAGCAGCUGAGGCGGGAGGUAAAGAUGAAGUGGGAAUGGGUAGAGAGGAGGAGGCAUACGACUUUCGAGUCAUGGUGAGCUGUGACAAGGAGAUGGGGGAUGAGGUAAGAACAAUUGUGGAUGAGGAGACUGGCCCUGCAAGGGAGGAAGACACUGAGAAAGAUACGAAGCAGAAGAAGAGCCUCGAUGAGGUGAGGGUCGGGGGAAUUGAAGUGGACUCCAGCAGUGAAAAGAUGAGCAGGAGCCUGGAUGAUGUUAAAGACGAUGUGAGUUAUAUUAAAGAGGAGAAGGCAAAUGUUGGCAAGAAUGUGGCGCGUGCUGAAGAGGUAAGGCCAGGCACUAUAGAGGAGCUGGGAAAAGAAGAGGAGGAUGAGACUCGCAUUCAAAAAGAGCAGGUGGGGGAGAGCGAAUAUCAUGCUGCUGUUCAGGAGAAUCAGGCUGGAAUUAAUCAGGAUAUUACUCAGGAUCAGGCCGGUGUUAGGGAGGAUCAGGCAGCUUUUGAAGAUGAACGGGCUGAGAUUUCUGACCCCGUGCCAGAGGAGGCUAAAUACCAGGCUGACAUCACCCCAGCAGGACCCAGCAAAGAGUCUCCUGGGAUCAUUCCCGACGGUGUUGGGGCCGCUGCAACAGAGACGUGCCACAGCCCUCAAGGUCGCUCACGAGGCCGGGAGCAUCCCACUGGGUCCGGCAGGCCCCUGCGGGACCCCCCAGAGGGCGAGGCGAAGCAGAAGAGGGCAGAGAGGCGAUCAAGGAACCCAAUGGAGCGGACGGAGGGGAAGGCUGCCGGAAAGUCUGAGGCAAGGGCGGACGCCAAGGGCAAGACCGAGAGGGCACGGGGUCGGGAGGAGGGGCACUCUCGGAAGAAGAGCCCGGGCUCGCAAGCCGGAAUAGCGGCCGUGGGCCGCAGCCGAGCGCGGCACGACAUGGAGCGCGCCAAGCAGGAGCUGCGCCGCCUCCACGAGGAGCUUUCCUCACGGAGAGGGCAGCGUCAGAGCAGGCCGACGCCAGCGCAAGCCACGGCCACCCAGGGCGGCGAGGUGCUGGGUGGCAGCUUGCGAGUGGCAGGACAGCCAGGGGAGGGUGGUGGGACGGGCAGCUUGGAGGUGAAAGAGGAGGCCACAGAGGGCAGUCUGGAGAUGAAAGGAGAGACGAUUGAGAGCAACCCGGUGUCCACAGAGGAGGCGAUUGAGGGCAGCUCAGCUGCUGCAGGGGAUGUCAAAGAGGACAGUCGAGCAUCGAAAGAGGGAGCCAUUGCGGGCAGCCUCAUUGUCGAAGAUCACCAGCCUCCGGCGCUCGGUGGCGAGGGGCAGGAAGUGGCCUCUCCACUACAGGCAUUGUCCAAGCACGGGGAGACUGGGCCCCAGGGGCCACAAGGGGAUCAUGGAAACAGGCUCCUGGAGGUCGCGGGGCCAGGCAGACCUGGAGUUCACAGGCAGGGUUGGCCAGCUCGGCUCGUCAAGCAGUACAGCUUCUUCCAGACGGACAGCACUGAGAUCGGACCCCCUGCGAUCGACGAGGGGGAGCUUGGGCACGAUGUCGCCACCGGGGAACCCAUUCAGGCCUUGCCAAACCACCCCUGCCUCAUUGUGGCGCGUAAAAAGCCACUGUCCCGGCCGCCUACCAUCCCCGUUCGCAGUUCUUCUCUACACGCGGAGAUUGUCAAACUUUCACAACCACCGGUGGCGCCGGUUCUGCCACCAAUGGAUGAGGACUCGACAGCCGAAGAUGGAGCAGAGCUGGGAGCGGGGGGCAGAAUUGGGUCUGCCAAGUGGAAAGAUGAGGGAGCGUGCACGGCAGUGGCCAUGGGGAGCGCCGCUGUGAGAGGCCACGGGGAGGCCGAGGGUGCAACCAGAAGCGGAGGCGAUGAUAAGGCCAGUCGAAAGGCAGCCGAGUUGUGCCCUUGGGAGGCCACCAGCGUCCAGGGCGGGGGCACAGUCAGCCCCAAGGACAGCAACAAAAAGAGUGUAGAUAUGCCUGGGAGUGGCCUGCAGCCAGCGAGCCACGUAGCCGAAGUUUUCCCGUGGGAAACCGUAGCCAAGGAGUCUUCCAGCCGUCAAAAAGUCACCAAAGAGAGGGGCUCUUUGAGCAGUCACAUAGCCUAUGUUUGCCCCUGGGAGACGGCCGGUGGAGACACUUUGAGCGGGAAAAUUGACACCGAGGACCUAGAAAACCUGUUCAACGUUUGUCCCUGGGAAAGUGUAAGUGGGAAGUCCGCCAGCAAUAAAGUAGCAACUAAGCAGGGUAGCAUCGUGAGCAGCAAUCCGCCCAAUGUUUGCCCCUGGGAGGCUACCACAAAUCAGGAUUGCAGGACAGCUAACAUGAAGGGUAGUGGAAAGAGCGAGAAACUGGCCUCAGUUUGCCUUUGGGAGGCUGAGGGUGGAGAGAUUGAGGGUGGUAGAAUCAGCACCAAGGAGAGCGGCAAGAGCAUUGAUAAACUGGCCUCGGUUUGCCCCUGGGAGUCUCAGGGUGGAGAUUUUGAGGAUGGUAGAAUAAGCACAAAGCAAAGCAGCAAGAGCAGUGAGAAACUGGCCUCGGUUUGCCCCUGGGAGUCUGAGAGUGGAGAGACUGAGGGUGGUAGAAUCAGCACAAAGCAGAGCGGCGAGAGCAGUGGGAAACUGGCCUCGGUUUGCCCCUGGGAGUCUGAGGGUGGAGAGAUUGAGGGUGGUAGAAUCAGCACCAAGGAGAGCGUCGAGAGCAGUGAGAAACUGGCCUCGGUUUGCCCCUGGGAGGCUGAGAGUGGAGAGAUUGAGGGUGGUAGAAUCAGCACAAAGCAGAGCGUCGAGAGCAGUGAGAAAUUGGCCUCGGUUUGCCCCUGGGAGGCUGAGGGUGGAGAGAUAGAGGGUGGUAGAAUCAGGACCAAGGAGAGCGGCAAGAGCGGUGAGAAACUGGCCUCGGUUUGCUCCUGGGAGCCUGAGGGUGUAGAGAUUGAGGGUGGUAGAAUCAGCACAAAAGAGAGCGGCAAGAGCAGUGAUAAACUGGCCUCGGUUUGCCCCUGGGAGUCUGAGGGUGGAGAGAUUGAGGAUGGUAGAAUCAGCACAAAAGAGAGCGGCAAGAGCAAUGAGAAACUGGCCUCGGUUUGCCCCUGGGAGUCUGAGAGUGGAGAGAUUGAGGAUGGUAGAAUCAGCACAAAAGAGAGCGGCAAGAGCAAUGAGAAACUGGCCUCGGUUUGCCCCUGGGAGGCUGAGGGUGGAGAGGUUGAGGGUGGUAGAAUCAGCACCAAGGAGAGCGGCGAGAUCAGUGAGAAACUGGCCUCGGUUUGCCCCUGGGAGGCUGAGGGUGGAGAGAUUGAGGGUGGUAGAAUCAGCACAAAAGAGAGCGGCGAGAUCAGUGAGAAACUGGCCUCGGAUUGCCCCUGGGAGUCUGACGGUGGAGAGAUUGAGGGUGGUAGAAUCAGCACGAAAGAGAGCGGCAAGAGCAGUGAGAAACUGGCCUCGGUUUGCCCCUGGGAGUCUGAGGGUGGAGAGAUUGAGGGUGGUAGAAUCAGUACCAAGGAGAGCGGCAAGAGCGGUGAGAAACUGGCCUCGGUUUGCUCCUGGGAGCCUGAGGGUGUAGAGAUUGAGGGUGGUAGAAUCAGCACAAAAGAGAGCGGCAAGAGCAGUGAUAAACUGGCCUCGGUUUGCCCCUGGGAGUCUGAGGGUGGAGAGAUUGAGGAUGGUAGAAUCAGCACAAAAGAGAGCACCAAGAGCAGUGAGAAACUGGCCUCGGUUUGCCCCUGGGAGGCUGAGAGUGGAGAGAUUGAGGAUGGUAGAAUCAGCACCAAGGAGAGUGUCGAGAGCAGUGAGAAACUGGCCUCGGUUUGCCCCUGGGAGGCUGAGAGUGGAGAGAUUGAGGGUGGUAGAAUCAGCACAAAGGAGAGCGGCGAGAUCAGUGAGAAACUGGUCUCGGUUUGCCCCUGGGAGGCUGAGGGUGGAGACAUUGAGGGUGGUAGAAUCAGUACCAAGGAGAGCGGCGAGAUCAGUGAGAAACUGGUCUCGGUUUGCCCCUGGGAGGCUGAGGGUGGAGACAUUGAGGGUGGUAGAAUCAGUACCAAGGAGAGCGGCGAGAUCAGUGAGAAACUGGUCUCGGUUUGCCCCUGGGAGGCUGAGAGUGGAGAGAUUGAGGGUGGUAGAAUCAGCACCAAAGAGAGCAGCAAGAGCAGUGAGAAACUGGCCUCGGUUUGCCCCUGGGAGGCUGAGGGUGGAGAGAUUGAGGGUGGUAGAAUCAGCACCAAGGAGAGCGUCGAGAGCAGUGAGAAACUGGUCUCGGUUUGCCCCUGGGAGUCUGAGGGUGGAGAGAUUGAGGAUGGUAGAAUAAGCACAAAGCAAAGCAGCAAGAGCAGUGAGAAACUGGCCUCGGUUUGCCCCUGGGAGUCUGAGAGUGGAGAGAUUGAGGAUGGUAGAAUCAGCACAAAGCAGAGCGGCGAGAGCAGUGGGAAACUGGCCUCGGUUUGCCCCUGGGAGUCUGAGGGUGGUGAGAUUGAGGGUGGUAGAAUCAGCACCAAGGAGAGCGUCGAGAGCAGUGAGAAACUGGUCUCGGUUUGCCCCUGGGAGGCUGAGAGUGGAGAGAUUGAGGGUGGUAGAAUCAGCACCAAGGAGAGCGUCGAGAGCAGUGAGAAACUGGCCUCGGUUUGCCCCUGGGAGGCUGAGAGUGGAGAGAUUGAGGGUGGUAGAAUCAGCACGAAGGAGAGCGGCAAGAGCAGUGAGAAACUGGCCUCGGUUUGCCCCUGGGAGGCUGAGGGUGGAGAGAUUGAGGGUGGUAGAAUCAGCACAAAGCAGAGCGGCGAGAGCAGUGAGAAACUGGCCUCGGUUUGCCCCUGGGAGUCUGAGGGUGUAGAGGUUGAGGGUGGUAGAAUCAGCACAAAAGAGAGCGGCAAGAGCAUUGAGAAACUGGCCUCGGAUUGCCCCUGGGAGUCUGAGGGUGGAGAGAUUGAGGGUGGUAGAAUCAGCACAAAGGAGAGCGGCGAGAUCAGUGAGAAACUGGUCUCGGUUUGCCCCUGGGAGGCUGAGGGUAUAGCGAUUGAGGGUGGUAGAAUCAGGACCAAGGAGAGCGGCAAGAGCGGUGAGAAACUGGCCUCGGUUUGCUCCUGGGAGCCUGAGGGUGUAGAGAUUGAGGGUGGUAGAAUCAGCACAAAAGAGUGCGGCGAGAUCAGUGAGAAACUGGCCUCGGUUUGCCCCUGGGAGUCUGAGGGUGGAGAGGUUGAGGGUGGUAGAAUCAGCACAAAAGAGAGCGGCAAGAGCAGUGAGAAACUGGCCUCGGUUUGCUCCCGGGAGGCUGAGGGUGGAGAGACUGAGGGUGGUAGAAUCAGCACAAAGGAGAGUGGUACUUUACCCGAGGCUUGUCCCUGGGAUGUUGCGCAGUGAACUUGCUGAUGAUUUUCUCAUGAACUUAAACGUUCACCCAUUCGAGCACACAGACGUGCUCGUAGACACCAGCACACAACACAUCAACACUCAGCAGCACGUACACAAACAUGUACAAAUAAACAAUAAAAACAUGGGUUUACAUUUGUUGUUCUACUACUAUACAGUGCAACAGAUGUUCUUGCUUGGACCUGGUAUGCACCCGAGAUGUUGUGUUGAUGAGCCGAUGCGAGCACAGCGUGUUGCUGAUUACAAGCUCACGGACUGCACAUUAAUCUAGCAGCGCCCUUUCGUUAUUAUUGAGCUGCCCUGACCCAUGGCCUUUCAAUUAUCAUGACCCACAUUCUUACUUUGACUUUCAUUCUGUGCUAACUUUGAUCGUUAAAUGCGAGGUGCCGUGGUUAACAUCCACUCGCGGUGGUCGUGAGUGAACAGCGGCAAUCCUCCCCAACCACACCCAGGAGCGUGAGGACGCGGCCGUUAUUUGUCCACACGAGCGUGCGCACGCAUCUACAGUCUCACACACAGAGAGUGCAAACGGUAUUAACCGUUUGUGUCCUAGGACUGAAAACCAAACCGAAAUAAAAUCAUGUUUCUUCAAAAUGAACAAUAUGAAUAUUUCGGUUAUCCGUUUUAACCGUGGGAGCGAUGCAAUUUGAAUUCACAUUAACCGGUUUUUAGCAAUUGGUUAACCAGAAACCGAACCUUCUGAGACCGUUUUGACCCAAUUGAACUGUAACCGGUUCAACGGGUUGGGUUGAUGAGAACCGUACCCGAAAAUCAAUGGGUUCGACUCCCUGCUCACACUCACGCAUGGGCAGACACCAUCCUCAAUUUGGCCUGACAGACUGCUGGGGCAAGUGUCGUUAGCGAGCGUCUGUGAAGUCCGGCACGGCACACGAGGGAAAGCCGUGGCCAGCGCCACACCUUAGCCGCCCUUUUUUGUCUUCCCAAUUCAGCGAGAUUCGUACACCACAACUGGUACUCAUUUCAAGCCGAGUUGACCUAGGGGAGGCCCACAACUUUCAGACGCUCGCCGCGUGCCACUGGUCUUGUGCAUCUUGGUGAGGAACGAGCUUGGGUACCCGGAGUGGUUGAGCCCGCCAGGGCUUGGAAUCGUUGCUUCAUUGUGGCUCGAUGAGAGAUAGAGUCGGUGGAUGUAUAAUACAGCCCGAUUACACUCAACGAAAGUCGCUUCAAUAGAGAGACGUCGCUACGAGAGUGAAUGCCACGUGACAAAUUAAUCGAUUAGCUCUUCAUAAAAACAGAUGCCACUUACGGAGGGCGAUGUCUCUGGACCUGCACGACGGAGCUCUAUUGGAGCGUGAAUGUCACCUUCAUAGACAUGGUCAGCGUUGGGGGAAAAUGUGGCAGCGGGCCACGCCAGACAGGGCUGCUCGACACCAAACGCGUGCAACCAUCGGGACUGUUCGCGGUUCCUGCUCCCAUGCCGCAAUGUCUCCGCAGAGGGAGACGGCAGUGAGCGUGGCUGUGCAGGGCGAACAGGUGUCAUGCUGGGACCUCUGUAUUUAUAUGUCCACCGUUGGCCAUGGCUCAGUAAUAAUGAAUGAAUGCUGCGUUGACAGACGGGUCUCUGUGAAGGCGACUGCAUGUUUCGUUGCUAGCGCUCCAUGAAAGUGAAUGAACGUGGCUUCGUGAGAUAGGUAGAUUGAUUCUAUUGUCCCAGGGGAUGAAUGCGAACGUCGGGCAGGCAAAACGCAAUAAACGCAGAGGCUUCGCUCAUUUUCGCCUCCACGCAAAUGCAACGGCGGAGUGGCCCGACGGGCGCGCUCCCUCCCACAGCGGGGCCGCGUGGGCAGCGGCGAGCCCCCCACCACAGAGUCUUCCGAGCGGCGUGGCGUGGCUCGGCUCCAGCGCCGCCCGCUCCCACGGAUGAAAUCUUCCCCGGUACGCACUGUGACCGAGCGGCGGCGUGAGUCCUUGAGUGAGUGUGUAUGACAGUGUCUCCUGCUUCAUUAUUCGUCCUUGAGCAACUCGCCCUCGGUUCCAAUAGGGACCGUGACUUCGGGUUACCACCUGCGCGGGUUUGACCCGGACGAGCCAGGACUGGGCGUUAUCUGUAUUCGAGUGGCAGCGAGAAUUGCUUUGUAAUCGACAUCUUGAACCGUAGACUGCUCAGCUCUGUUUAUUCCUAGUGCUGACCGAAUCGGGUGUUGGUCCGCAGUGGAACAGGUAGCAACCCGUGCCGUGACCCCCACCCCGUCCGGUAGCCGCUGUGCGACAUUUCCCCCGAAUGCGCGCGAGGAGCCCCGGUGGUGCUGGUACAGAGGGAACCCCGUUCACAUGCGGUGUGUGUGCGCGUGUCUGUGUGGUCGCAGUGUGUGCGUGUCUGAUCGUGUCGCCACGACUAUAUAAGCACGGGUGUCAUGGCUGUUGUUUGUCGUCGUUGUCGCCGUUAUUAAAGUGUGGAUGUGUUUGUAGUUGA